ACACCGUAGUUGGGUAACUUCCGCUACAGGAGGCCGAGGCUGUGUCCCUGCUCCCUACUGGAAUUCUGGGAAGCGUAGUCCAGGAGGUCUCUGUAGCCAGAGUCACUUCCGGCCCAGGUACGCGAGGCCGCGGCCUUCGUUCCUCUCUGAAAGGUCUCUGCCUUUCCCCAGGAAAAAGAGGAGAAAAUGAUCAAGUUUCAGGAGCCAGUGUUGUUCAAGGACGUGGCCGUAGUUUUUACUGAGGAGGAGCUGGGGCUGCUGGACCCUGCCCAGAGGGAGCUGUACCGAGACGUGAUGCUGGAGAACUUCCGGAACCUGCUGUCAGUGGGGAAGCAGCUCUUCAAACCAGAGCUUAUAUUCCAGUUGGAGAGAGAAGAAGAGCUUUUGAUGAUGGAGACAGAAACCCAGAGAGAUGGGUGUUCAGGAACCAAGAGUCAACAUAAUAUGGAAAGUAUUCAAGAAGCGGGAUUAAGCUGCCUUUCCCCCAAAGAGUUUUCCACCUGGCAGACCUGGCAACAAAGUGGAGGAGGGUCAACCAGGUGUCAAGAUUCCAUGAAAGAUUUUCAAGGGAACAUUUCUCAGUUGCAAAAACGAGGUGAUUCCCCCUGUCAGGUUUGGGCAGGAAUACCAAUUCAGGUUUCUGAAGAUGAGAACUAUCUAUUGACUCAUUUAGGAGAUGGUUCUAGUUAUACAAAAAAUGAAGAAUUUCCCUCUGGGAGAGCCCAGCAUUCUUGGAGGAAAAUGUAUCUGAUGGAGUCACGAAAUUAUCAGUGUAGAUGUCAGCAAGUUUCCAUGAAAAAUGAUUUCUGUAAGUCUGACAGCAUCAAUUGGAUUUCACAUCACAGUGGUAAUCGGGGUGUACACAGGGCAGAGAAAAACUAUAGCUGCCAUGACUGUGGAGAAGAUGUCACGAAGGUUUCAUCGCUUAAUCAAGGCUUAAUUCAAACAGGGCAGAAUCCCCACCCUGACAAUGAGUACAGUAAAGCCGUCAGUGAUGACUCUAGCUCUGAAGUUCACCAGCAGUUACAGUUAGAAGGGAAGCUCCGUUCAUACAGUCCAUGUGGAAGGGGCUGUAGUUACAGUUCAGUUCUUCAUAUUCAUCAAAGCGUUCAUAGAGGAGAUGACUCUGUUUUUGAGGAUUCACCUCUGCAAUCCCAUCAGAAAGUACACGCAGAGGAGAAGCCAUGUAAAUGUGAAUAUGAUGAGAACUUCAACCAGUGUUCCUCUCAUAACAGUUAUGAAAUUACUCACACCGGAGAGAUGCCCUAUAGAUGCACCAUUUAUGAGAAAGGUUUCAGUCAUACCUUAGAACUUAAUGGUAUUUUCAGGGUCCAUACUGAGGGGAAACCCCAUGAAUAUGAGGAGAAUGGGAAUGUCUUUACUCGAAGUUCUUGUCUUCAAGCCCAUCAGAAAAUCCAGACUGAAGAGAAACUAUACACAGAUGUGGAUUGUGAGAAGGGUUUCGCCUGUAACUCAGAUCUUAACAUUCAGCACAGAGUUCAUGUAGAACAGAUUCCCUAUAAUUCUGAGGAGUGUGGUAAUGGCUUCAGUCUGGCCUCACAUUUUCAAGACCUUCAGAUAGUCCACACUAGGGAGCAACCAUAUAAACAUUAUGCAUGUGGUAACAGCUUCAGCCAAAAUUCGUAUCUUCAAGGCCAUCAGAAAAUUCACAUUGGAGAGAAACCUUAUAAAGAGUGUGGAAAUGGCUUCAAUUGGAAUUCAAAAUUUAAAGAUCAUCAGAGAGUCCACACUGGAGAGAAGCCAUACAAUUGCAAUGCAUGUGGUAAAGGAUUCAGUCAUAGAUCAGUUCUUAAUGUUCACCAGAGAGUCCACACGGGAGAGAAACCUUAUAAAUGUGAGGAGUGUGAUAAGGGCUUCAGUCGGAGUUCAUACCUUCAAGCCCAUCAGAGAGUCCACAGUGGAGAAAAACCAUACAAAUGUGAGGAGUGUGGGAAGGGCUUUAGUCGCAAUUCGUACCUUCAAGGCCAUCAGAGAGUUCACACUGGAGAGAAACCGUACAAGUGUGAGGAGUGUGGGAAGGGAUUCAGUCGGAGUUCACACCUUCAAGGCCAUCAAAGAGUCCACACUGGAGAAAAACCAUUCAAAUGUGAAGAGUGUGGGAAGGGAUUCAGUUGGAGCUUUAAUCUUCAAAUUCAUCAGAGGGUUCACACGGGAGAGAAACCUUAUAAAUGUGGAGAGUGUGAUAAGGGCUUCAGUAAGGCCUCAACUCUUCUGGCCCAUCAAAGAGUCCACACGGGAGAAAAACCAUACCAGUGUGAUGAGUGUGGUAAGAGCUUCGGUCAGAGGUCAUACCUUCAAAGCCACCAGAGUGUCCACACUGGAGAGAGACCAUAUAUCUGUGAGGUAUGUGGGAAGGGCUUCAGUCAGAGAGCAUAUCUUCAAGGUCAUCAGAGAGUCCACACUAGAGUGAAGCCAUAUAAAUGUGAGAUGUGUGCGAAGGGCUUUAGUCAGAGUUCACGCCUUGAAGCACAUCGGAGGGUCCACACAGGAGGGAAACCAUACAAAUGUGAGGUGUGCACGAAGGGUUUUAGUGAGAGUUCACGUCUUCAAGCACAUCAGAGAGUCCACGCAGAAGGGAGGCCCUAUAAAUGUGAACAAUGUGGUAAGGGUUUCAGUGGGUUUUCAAGUCUUCAAGCCCAUCACAGAGUCCACACUGGAGAGAAACCAUACAAAUGUGAGGUAUGUGGAAAGGGCUUCAGUCAGAGAUCAAACCUUCAGGCUCAUCAGAGAGUCCACACCGGAGAGAAACCAUACAAAUGUGAUGUGUGUGGUAAGGGUUUCCGUUGGAGCUCAGGUCUUCUAAUUCAUCAAAGAGUCCACAGUGGUGAUAAAUUCUAUAAAAGUGAAGAGUAUAGUAAAGCUUAUCCUUCAUCAGAGAAUCCAUACAGAAAUGAGAUUCUAUAAAAUGGUGUCCUCUUUUGAAGUCCUCAAAUGGGAGUGGAAAUUUUCCAUUCACUAUAGAGUUCAUAAAGUAGAAAAAGAAUUUUUCAUGAAAUGUAAUAUUUCUGCCCAACAUCAACGUUCACAGUAGUCAGGAGACCACACAGCAGAGACAUCUAACGAGAGGGGUUCCAUGUGGGAUUUUGUGAGAACUUUAACAUCAGUCAUUGCAUGUGACUUUAACCAGUUGUUGCAGUAGGGCUUAUAAAAGAUAAGAGUAUGGUCAGGGCUUUAAGAAAAGUACAAGGAUGAGCGUAGCUAAAUCCACGUCCACUGGACUGUAAGCUUAGUGAGAGAAGGGGCUUCACUUAUUGCUAAGUCUGUGAAACCAUGACAUUGCACAACUCAGUGUAGGUGCUCAGGACUUUUUGCUAAAUGACUGAAAGUGUGUAAAGGUAUGUUUGAAAAUUUUAAUUUCCCCCAAAAAAAUCAUUUAAAAGUGUAUUUGGAGGAGGACCCCUGCAGGUAACCUUAAUAUAAGCACUUCAAGCAAAUAAAUAUUAUUUGAAAUGUAGAACAUCAGUGAAAUUGCAACCUGAAAUUACAUGAAUUUGGUUGCAACCCAACUAGGACUGGUUUGCAUCCUUUGUCCCUCAUAAGCAGGAAUGAGCUGAAUGUCUUACUAUUUGGUCUGUUACAAUAUGGUAUACAACCAUUUAAGUUUAGCUGUGUAUGUGUGUAUGUAUGUACACCUAUGUGCACUUUAAAUGAUGCAUAAGCUGAUAAACAAUGUUUCUGGUUAACACUGCAAAACUGGAACACUGCAUUUUACAUAAUUGAAUUUUUACUCCUGCCCUGUGUGUUAAGGCAGAGUUUUACUGUAAUAUUUGGAAAGUGUCAGAAAUUAUUACUGAUGAAAAAUACUUUCUUAAUAAAUAACAAAAUUACAAUACUUGGUUUUUUAAUUUCCAUGUUUCCAUGAAGGUCCUUUUGAUCUGACUGAUUUUUAAGAGCUAUAACCUGUCUAAUCCAAACCUCCUCAGGCAGGAUCUGUGGCAAGUUUGGAGGACUUUAAUUUUGUUAAGUUUUCCAUCUCCAUACUCCUUCCACUCGCACAACGAAAGGAAAACUUUUGACUUUUUCUAAACAUUUUGUUGAUUAUUAGGAUAGGAUUUUCUCUAAGCCAAUCUCUGUUGUCAAGAACAAAGCAUUUUGUUGGAGGGAAUGAAAAAUACAAGUCGGUUAGAGAAGAGUCAUACAAUAUACAUCAAAAUUUAAAGUGUACAUACUCAUCUGGAAAUCAUAGAAUAAUAAUUUAGGAUAAAGUGGUUUUAAAGAAAUGAUGUGUACAUAAGGGUAAUUUUUUAAACAGGAAAUUAAUAUGAGUUUGGAUAAAUUUCUCUACAUUCCUGUAAUACAGAGCUAUGGAAAGUAUGAGAUCAAUCUAAAAUGACAGGAAAGAAUCAUGCAUAUUGUUUAGUAAAAGUGUGGAUUGUACCUUCAUAAUAUCCAGUUACCUUAAGUCUAUAUACAUGUCUGUUCAAAUACAUGUUUAAUAGAUAAUCUGUGAAAGAUUUCUCACUGUCGUGUAUACUGUGGUUUUAUGUGACAAGCAAAAUUUUGGUUUAUUCUUUUUUGUACUUUUUUUUAAUUCACAAUUAACAUUUACUAAUUUUACCAAAACAAUAAACUACUGAGGUAUUGUCCCUUAUAGUUAAGAAUUCAUAACGUGAUUGCUCUAUUUCCUUAGAUGGCAUUAUGGCCAAAAUUAAAGAAUAAAACCCCUGAAGUUAAUUUUCAAAAGUCUCCAGAGGAUACAGAUAAAUUAGGUGUUGGCAACCUUACCUUUCUGUAAAUUUCUUUAGGUCUCAAAGCCCAUGCAGCCUACGAUGUCCUAGUACAAUUCAGUAGUAGUAUAAAUUAGCAAACUAUUUUCUGUCAGAUUUCUCCCUGUUGGAUGAAAAGGGUGACCAAGGCACUGGCUUAACCAGGCUUCCAAGGUGCUAAUUCAGGUUUCACAGUAUCAUUAGAAAUCCAGGGCUUUUAAUGCAUUUCUUUACUACCCUCACUUCCAAGGGAAGAUCAUGAGAGCUAAUGGUGGUUUUAUCAGUUAGGAUGCUCUUAGUUGUAGGUAACAAAAUCGAACUUGAGUUGCUUGAACCAAAUAUAUUUCUCAGUUCAUAUAAGUGAAAAGAUACAAGGAGAAUUGGAUUUGGGUCCGGGUCAGUCAAGCUUUUCUUUAAUUCUCUUAACUUCUGUCAUUUUAUGUCUUGUCUUCAGUUUGUUCACAAUCACCUGCUUUUUUUGUUCACAGCUUGAGAGGGGAGAGAGCUUGUCUUGUUUUUUGAGUUUAUCAGGUCCUAGCUCCCCAAAAUGCAUAAGGUCUCUGACCCCUUCAAUCCCUAUUCAAGACUGUGACUAAACCCAGACAAUAAAGAAUGUCCCUGGUCCCCAUAAA